AUGGCUCCGCGAUCUGCGGGGCCGGCCAUGCUGCCCGCGCUGCUGGCGCUGGCCGUCCUGCUACCGGCGGUCGGGGCCGCGCCGGGCGGUGGGGCGCGCGGCCUGAAGGGGGCGUCCAAUCACAGAUACGCGGAGGGGGACAGGAUCGAGAUGUUCGCAAACAAGGUCGGGCCUUACUACAAUCCAAGCGAGACCUAUCAGUACUACAGCUUUGCAUUCUGCCCGCCCCCCAGCGACAAGCGUGUCUUCAAGCCGGAGGACCUGGGGGAGGUUCUGGAGGGUGACCGGCUGGUGACCACCAAAUAUGAAAUACAGUUCCUCGUGGACAUCCCAGAACAGGAGCUGUGCCAGAAGGACUUGUCCGAUGCAGAUGUAGCCAAGUUCAGGAAGGCUGUCAAGGAGGACUACUACUACCAGAUGUAUUUCGACGACCUGCCCAUCUGGGGUCUGUUUGGUAGGCCGGAGACCACCCCAGGCACAAAGUAUUACCUCUACACCCACACCCACUUCGACAUUGCCUACAAUGGUGACAGGGUGAUUGGCGUCAAUGUGUCAACGGAUCCCAACAAGGCUGUGGACAUCACCAGUGUUGGCCACGUGACUCUGCCCUUCACAUACUCAGUGAAAUGGCACCAAACAGAACUGACUUUUGAUCGCAGACUGGAGAAGUACUCAAAGUACUCUGUCGUUCCUGAGCACCUGGAGAUCCACUGGUUCUCCAUCAUCAAUUCCUGCGUCACAGUUCUGCUGCUCACGGGAUUCCUGGCCACCAUCCUUAUGCGGGUCCUCAAAAACGACUUCAUGAAGUACACAAAGGAUGACGAGAUGGGCGACGACCAGGAGGAGAGUGGCUGGAAGUACCUGCACGGCGAUGUUUUUCGCUUUCCGAGGCCGUUGUCCCUGUUUUGUGCAAUGCUGGGCACGGGCACCCAGAUCUUGGUCAUUGCCAUCUUCAUAUUCGUGUUGGCUGUCUUUGACGUGUUCUACCCAUACAACAGGGGUGCCCUGUUGACCGCUUGCGUGGUGUUGUAUGCCCUGACCUCUGGGAUAUCUGGAUAUGUUGCAGCCUCUUGGUACAAGACGAUGGGUGGCACCAGCUGGGUGCCCAACAUCAUCCUCACCUGUGCUCUUUUCCUAGGGCCCCUGCUGUGCCUCUUCUCCUUCCUGAACACUGUGGCGAUUGCUUACGGCUCCACGCAGGCCCUGCCGUUUGGCACCAUAUGCGUCAUAAUCGUGAUCUGGGCGCUCGUGACGUUCCCGCUGACUGUGAUUGGCGGCAUUGCGGGGAAGAACUCCAAGUCGGAGUUCCAUGCGCCAUGUCGAACAACAAAGUACCCAAGGGAGAUCCCACCACUCCCCUGGUACCGUCAGACACUGGCGCAGAUGGCGAUGGCAGGGUUCCUGCCAUUCAGUGCCAUAUACAUCGAGCUGUACUACAUAUUUUCCAGCAUCUGGGGCCACAAGCUCUAUGUCAUCUGGAGCAUCCUCUCCAUCGUCUUCGUCAUCCUCGUGAUCGUCACCGCCUUCAUCACGGUCGCCCUGACCUACUUCCAGCUGGCCGUGGAGGACCACCGCUGGUGGUGGCGCUCCUUCCUGUGCGGCGGCUCCACGGGCGCCUUCAUCUUCGUGUACUGCUUCUACUUCUACUUCCAGCGCUCCACCAUGUCGGGCUUCAUGCAGACGUCCUUCUUCUUCGGCUACAUGGGUGUGGUGUGCUACGCCUUCUUCCUAAUGCUGGGCAGCGUGGGCUUCCGGGCUUCUCUAAUGUUUGUUCGGCACAUAUACAGGGCCAUUAAGUGCGAAUGA